UAGUUCCUCAAAAAUCAGUCUGAGGCAGACGGAAAAGGGUAAGCCAGCGUCUACAGCAGCAAGUGCAGUCGAACUGAGAGGGUUUGUGCCGCCAACGCGCUGAUAACCACCGCACAGAUGCCUGGCCCUGGGCCAUAACGGAUAUCACCCGACAUUUAUUUUUUCAUAUCAUCGUAUGGUUUAGCUGUAGGACGUCGAAUAACAACCGUUUGGUUUCUCAGAAUUGCGCCAUCGCUGUUGGUCCUUCAUUUGGAGGGCUCGCCCUUUCUCCGGGAGUCUGAAUGGAAGCAGCAGCCGAGGGAGCAGUUGGGCUGUCAGAGGCCAGGGAAGCGAGACCGUUAUCCGGGGCUACAGCAUCAGAGGAUGCGGACACUGUCAUUGGAAUUAGCUACGGAAGGGACAGUGACAUGGGUCAGGAGCACAUGGGAGUGACCGAUCCCAUUGGAAACCUCACCAACGCCAUAUCUGCCUUACUAUUCUGCUAGAAAAGCACACAUCACAGAGCUGCCUGGUGUCUCGGGUCUACCAGGCCAGGGGAAGAGGAUGGGCCACAGGGGAGUGGACGCGUCCGGAGAGACCACCUACAAGAAGACCACGUCCUCUGCCCUGAAAGGUGCCAUCCAGCUGGGCAUCGGCUACACGGUGGGCAACCUGAGCUCCAAGCCUGAGAGAGACGUUCUCAUGCAGGACUUCUAUGUGGUGGAGAGCAUUUUCUUCCCCAGUGAAGGCAGCAACCUGACUCCAGCCCACCACUUCCCAGACUUCCGCUUCAAGACGUACGCUCCCGUGGCCUUCCGCUACUUCAGGGAGCUCUUUGGGAUCAGGCCUGAUGACUACCUGUACUCCUUGUGUAACGAGCCCCUGAUUGAGUUGUCCAACCCCGGGGCCAGUGGCUCUGUGUUCUACCUGACCAAGGACGAUGAGUUCAUCAUCAAGACCGUCAUGCACAAGGAGGCAGAGUUUCUGCAGAAGCUGCUGCCUGGAUACUACAUGAACCUCAACCAGAACCCUCGCACACUGCUUCCCAAGUUCUUCGGCCUGUACUGCAUCCAAUCUGGCGGUAAGAACAUCCGCAUGGUGGUCAUGAACAAUGUUCUACCGCGCGCCGUCCGCAUGCACCUCAAGUUUGACCUGAAGGGCUCCACGUACAAACGCUGUGCCUCCAAGAAGGAGAGACAGAAAGCCAAGCCCACCUUCAAAGACCUGGACUUCAUGCAGGACCUGCAGGAUGGCCUGAUGCUGGACCAGGAUAUGUACAGCGCUCUGGUCAAGACCCUGCAGAGAGACUGUCUGGUGCUGGAGAGCUUUAAGAUCAUGGACUACAGCUUGCUGCUGGGGGUCCAUAACAUCGACCAGGCAGAGAGGGAGCAGCAGAUGGAGGGAGGAGAGAAGGAUGAGAAGAGGCCCGUGGCCCAGAAGGCCCUCUACUCCACUGCCAUGGAGUCUAUCCAGGGAGGGGCUGCCUGCGGGGAGUCUAUCGAAACAGACGACACGAUGGGUGGCAUUCCAGCAGUCAAUGGGAAAGGAGAGCGUCUACUCCUCUACAUCGGAAUCAUAGACAUCCUGCAAUCCUACAGGCUAAUAAAGAAGCUGGAGCACACAUGGAAGGCUAUGGUUCACGAUGGAGACACCGUAUCAGUCCAUCGGCCAGGCUUCUAUGCAGACAGGUUCUUCAAAUUUAUGAGCAGCACUGUGUUUAAGAAGAGCUCCUCCUUGAAGUCUUCUCCCAUUAAGAAGGGCCGUGUGGGCCUGACGGUGACUAAGUACACUGGCCCCGGGGCCGCCUGGUCAGCCAGCCAGCUGCCCUCGGAGAGAGACAACAACAUCUACGACCUGAGAGGAGCACGCAGCUUCCCCACGCUGGAGGACGAGGGGCGACCAGACCUCCUCCCCUGCACCCCUCCGUCAUUUGAGGAGGCGACCACAGCCUCCAUCGCCACCACGCUCUCCUCCACCACCUCUCUGUCCAUCCCAGAGAGGUCUCCCUCAGACGCUGGAGCAGAGCACCCCCGCUACAGGUACCAGAACAACAGCUCUGAGAGAAGGAGGCACACCCAGUCUGUCAGCCAUGACGGGAGGACUCAGGAGGAGGUGCGUGAGGAGGAGCAGCAGACCAUCACGGUGGAGGUGGAGGUGAAGAGACACGACAGCGAGCCCAUCAUCACGGUCCCACAGCCCUCUCCAGAGACCAGUGAGGAAGCGGAGGCUGCUGCCCCACCCCCCUCCUCCUCCUCUCCCCCAGCCCCUGGGGCCCCUGCUGAAGCCUCUACUGAGGCCCCUGCUGCUGAGACCCCUGGCCCAGAGGCCGCUGUCAGUCCCAAGGUUGUGGUGGUGGAGGCUGAGUGGGACCGCCGGGGCAGCACAGUGUCUGGGUCCGGAUGCACCAGCCAAGCCUCCCAGGACGACGAGGAUGACGUGCCAAUCACAGACAUCUACUUUCCCCCUGAGGACAAGACCUGGGUGUACUCCCCUCUGCACUACGGCAGUGAGUCUCAGACCUUGCCGGAUGGGGAAGGGGAGGAGAGCGAGACAAGCUGAGAGGAUGAUUCCGUGGAGAGAGGAGCCAUCAGACUGAUCCCCGGGCCUCUGAUUGGCAGGCAGCGGAAGCGUUCCAAUCCAGACCUGUAUUUUAAACCAUGGAUACAAAACAAAACAGACUAAAUACUGUGAGGAAACCCCCUCGACAUCCCGUAGUCACAGUGGUGAUGGUACUAUAUGAUCGAUUCCCCUCCUUUCAACCCACACCAACCCCAAAUUGCCAUAGCAGAAGAAAAGCCGGAACUCAAAUUGCUAGGCUAUACAUCUAGCAUGCCCCAUAAAAACAUGGGCAUUGAGGCAACUCUGCUACUCCUCUCACAUUCCCAAAUGUCGAUACAGUCAAAUGGUCACAUGUAUUUAAUUGAUAUCAUGUUAAUUUAUAUUGUGAUUUUUCUUAGUUUAUUAUUUUGUUUUUUUAUCUUUUUUAUUUGUGCACUUUUUUCAGACAUUUUUUUAGUACUGUGAAUAUAUUUAGUUAUGUUGUGUGCUUCAAAUGUAGCUCUAGCAGCAAUCUUAACGUCGCUAUCGAAGUGGUACUUUACCGCUUUACCGCUAUGUUGAAUGGUACUUUACCAUUGGAGAGGGAACACUUUAUUUCCAAUAGAUUAAAAAUGAUCUAUAGAAUGUGUUUCAGAAAACAUGAUUUGGUAAAUCUGAUAAGCCUACUGUAUUAUUUUACAGGUUUGUUUAUUUCUUGUUUAUUUUGUCAUUUCUAUCACAGUAUUGAUACAGGCUUCUAGCCUCAAAACCAGAUCAUUGCAACACUAAAUAAGGCUGGGUAUUGUCAAUCAUUUCAAAAUCCUACAUCAUUACAAUGUCUUCCAGAACCGCCCAACUUUCAGAGGAAUGCAAACAAAUCAUUUUCUAAGCAUAAUGAUUCAUUGAGCUGUCAUAAUGUCAUGAAAUACCAAUAUUUCAGCAGUCAAACCUUGACUCUGAAUGUUAGCUCUGCUGGAGGGGAUUUAGGCUAAUGGAUUUGAUUACUUAGGCCAAAAAACUCACAGUAUCACAUAUGUCCAGAAUUAAUUAAUACUUCUGUUAUUUAGUAAUAGUUCAUCCGAGAGGGAUUUCAGGCUGCUCUUAGACAGCACUUUUAUGUAUCAACCAUCAUCAGAUGUGAAAGUGAGGUCUUCAUCAUAAUCAUCUGUUAUAGUCUUUAUGCGAAUUCCAUGUUUUAAGGUUUAAGUUGUGUUUCAAUAUGUUUUUAUUCUUUUUCUGUUUCACACUUGGCUGUUUAAGUUAGUUGGUGUGUUUUGUAUGUCUGUGCGUGACAGAAGGUGUCAAUGUCAAAACUUGUAAAAUACUGAUCAUUCUAUCAUAAUGUGCAGUGGCCAGUUGUAACCAGUUGCUGUUGUCCAUGUCAUCAAGAGACCGUAGCAGCAGUAUGUUGUACAGUACAGGUGCAGUCUUAGUUAGUUUUAAUUGCCUUAUUGAGAAAUUAAAACAUAUCAUGUCGAUGUUUUUCUCAUAGUAGUGCUGUUGUAUUUAUUAUUUAAGUCAUUUCUUUUUUCAAUACUGUAAUUGUGAGCCAGAAAAUGUGUAUAUACAAUUAUAAAUACAUAUAUAAAGAAUAUAUAAAUAUAUUUUCCAUUUGAAUUGGAGAAUAUUAUUUUUAUUUGAUUACAUUUUUUGCUGCUGGCAGAAAAUGAUUAAGAGCUAUACAUGAUUUACUGUACCAUGUUCUUCAAGGUGUUGACACGAUGCAGCUCGAUUUAUGGUUUAUAAAUCACCGCUGUUUUUUUUUGUUUUUUUGUAUGAUAUCCGUUACUGAAGAGUUGUCAGUUUUACUGUACCAGUUUAGUGUACAUGUUUUCAAAUCACAGUGUGCCCUCCUUUACAGAGACAUAGCAUGGUUUAAAAAUGAAUAUGCAUAUCAGAAAUAUGUAUUUAUGUAUAUCUGUGUAUAUUCAUCUAUUUAUACAUGAGGAUAAAUAGAUGGCUGUAAGUCUGUGUGUGUUUGGACUCUUACGAUGAGAAUGAAUACAAAAUAAAGCAGUUCUAUGUCUAUGA